AUGGACGAGGUGCUUUUCUAUAAUUCGGUUGGCGAUCCAGCCAAGAAGCACUCCACAUCGUUUGGAUUUGUUUCUAGCACGCGUUCGACGCAACAAGUUGGUCAGUACAGACAGUGUUACUCUGCAAAUAACGGUACUGUUCUCACUGGAAUAAAUGGAGAAAAUAAAAUCAUUUCUGCCUGUCACAGCAAGGCGUUGGUUCACGUCUAUAUACUUGGAAAAGAGUCACCGGAACAGACCAUUCCUGUUCCAGAGGAGCUCAUUUGUCUGGAACUUUGUCCGCAUCCAAAUUCCACAGAUGCAUGGCUCUUGGUUGCAGGAGCUGUUAGCGGAAGAAUCUACGUUUGGGAGCUGGAUUCCGGUUUAUUGCUUGCUGUUAAAGAGUCGCACUACCAGUCUGUCAGUGUGAUAAAGUAUGUCAAGGGAUAUUUGGUCAGCGGCGGAGCUGAUUCGCGGGUGGUGGUCUGGAAAGUGUUGGACAUGAUGUCAGACUCUCACAAGCCUUACGCCAUUUACACCGACCACACGCUUCCAGUCACAGAUUUACUGGUGACAACUGGGCUGGUGAACGAUCUGAAAGUCUGGUCUGUUUCUAGAGACCAAACUAUUAGAUGUCACGACCUGACCUCCCAGACUCUGGUGACAACAUUCAUCGCUCAGCAACCUGUCUCCUCGAUCACCGCAGACCCUGCAUACAGAAGCUUGUAUGUUGGCUACGAGGAUGGAACGAUCCGGAUGGUGAACUUGUUUGAUGCUCCAUCCAAGACCCAAAUCUGGGAGCAUGUUGGUGGCUAUGGUAAGGUGAUCACAUUGAAAGACGAUCCUGAGCUGCGCGAGACUUUUGUCAGCCACCAAGCCGAGGGCAACUCAAUCACCAAGCUGGAGAUCUCAUUUGAUGGCUCGCAGCUAAUUUCGGGAGACAGUAAGGGUAAAGUGCUUGUCUCGGACGUUGCUACCAAACAGAUUGUGCGAACAUUGAAGCCGCUUGCGGGGGCAGUUUCCACGCUUAAACUUUUCAGAAUCAAAUCUGACAGUCUGAAGUAUGCUCCAACCAAAAGUUCUGUGCGUGGAAUUCCCGUUUUGAAGAGAAGUCUGGUUGACGAGCCGGAAUUGCAAAGACACGUUGUGUUCAAGAAAUUUGAAAAAGCCGACAAAGCACCAGAAUUCAACCUUGAACGGUUCUUGGACAUCACAAAGUCUGAAGCCAAGUGGUUUACAAACUUUACCAACGUGGAUUCUACGGUCAAGAAGGAAAAGGAGGUGGACACCGCAGAAAUCGAUAGACUGAGAGAGGCCAAUGCUGCUCUGAGACAGAAAUACGACGAGCUGUACGAAACGCAUUCAAAGCUAUUAAUGAACAAUAAAUAG